AUGACCGUGCAGCGCCCGUCCUGGCCGCCGCUCUACUUCCCGCACUUCCACGGCUCCGAGCCCGUGCCGCGGGCGGCCGGCGGGGCCUGGGCGCCGCUGGCCGCGCUGUGCUGGCCGUGGCAGCCGCUGCCCGCCCGCUACGCCGCGCUGCCCGCCGCCGUGGUGCCGGAGCCGCCGCGCCUCUGCUGCCCGCCGGGAGCGCCGCGGCUCGGGGAGCUGGCGCGGCGGCCCCCGGAGCUGGCCCAGCUGCAGCUGCAGGAGGAGAUGUGCGAGCUGGGCAUCCGCCUCAAGGAGCUGGAGCUGGCGGCGCUCAUCGGCGACGGCUUCGACGCCAGGCAGUAUAAAAUUCUGAAGGCACUGGAAGAAAAGAAGAUACAGAGCAUGAAAGCAAUGCAGAACCUGAAGUAA